CUCUUUCAGUCGGUGAGGUGAGUUGAGGAAGCUGUCAGUUUCAGCACAGGUUCAGGGACUAUCACAACGGCCAUGACGCCAGGCCUGUCCGGUGUAGUUGCGUUGGUGCUCUGCGCCACUAUGUCCGUCCGUGUUUUCGCAUGGGACAAUGACUGUAAAAGCUACACAGAUUCAAAAAAUAAAUUUCACAGUUCUGUGGAUUGCAAUUCUGGAUCGCAAUACUGGGGAUUUUGCUGCGGUACCUGCAACAACAGACACUGCUGUACUAAUUUCAACCUUAAGCUGUCUGAAGACGAUCAAGAUAAAUGUGACUCCUGGUCUCACCGACCCACGUCGAUUGUUGGUAUCGUACUGUCCAUCGGUGUUCUUCUUGGCCUCAUCUGCUGCUGCAUUUGUCCCUGCUGCUGCAUUUACAAGAUGUGCCGCAAGCCGCAGCCUGUGAUAGCUACUACCACCCAUACCACGGUGGUUACCUCUGCCCCUCAGCAGUACCCCCAGCAGCCAACUUUAGCACCUGGACUCCCCCAGUCCUACCAGGCGGCCCAGUACCCCCAGCAGCCAACUUCAGUGCCUGGACAGCCCCAGCCCUACCAGGGGGCCCAGUAUCCAUCCUACCAGCCCAUACCCAUUCAGCCUGGCUAUGGAAUCCAACCCAUGCUGACAUCGCCUUAUAAAGGACAGCCAUUUACCCCAGGACCACCACCACCAUAUCAGGAAGCCACCGGUCCGGCCUACCCUCCCCAUCAGCCGAUGCCUUACAGCCAGGCAGCGUUUAACCCAGGGCAGCCAGCGUACCCUCCACAACCUCCAACUCACCCACAGCCAAACGCUCCAUCCUCUAAUGCAGACUUCCUAGGGCAGCCUGCAUACAACCCAGAUUAUUUCGUACCACCCUCAACCGGGUAAAAGUACCACAUAUAUACUACAACGUUUCUGACGUUGGCACAGUGUUCUUUGAACGAAGAUAAGAAAUGUCACAGGAUCUGGCUUCCUUCAGUCUGAUGGUAAACAUGGAAAUGUAACACUUUAGCAUCUGUUGUGUUCAAUUGUCUCCAAGUACAACAGGUUGAUGCCUUUUGGCUUGUUUUGCAUGGACAGUCAGCAUACAUAUAUGCAUAUAUAUGAUAACUGUGUCUGAUUUUAGUUUACCUGGCGGCUCCUUGGACAUCGUGGGGAAAUGAAACAUUAAACCUUGUCCGACUUUAGUUUUAGAAGUGUGUAGAACUAUUUCAGCUCUACAAACAUGCCUCAAAACGUCCUGCUUGUUUUUUAUGUCCACCAGCCAAACCUACUGGACUUUAGUUCCUUCAUUCACCUUCAGCAACGUGACUAGACUUUAAAAAAGGUGCUUUCAUGUCUGUGCUUAUCACCUCAAUUACCUGCCAGAUUCUUGAAGAAAUGCUUAAAACGUCUUUCUUUUCUCUUGUCAUACUCUAGUUUUUAUACUGUUGUAAAGUGUGCCAAGUUUAAGAUUUUAAUACAUUCCUGGGGUACUUUCUUCGAAAAAGGGAACAUUUAUUUUGUCAUCAGAUAAGGAAACCUUUCACAACAAGCACUUAUGUAAGUGGUAGAGUUUAUAUUCUUGGGGUUUACAGUGACUGUCGAAUGUACAUCUUUACACACGUCUGAGCUAAAAUGCAUUCGUAGCAUCAUUCAGCAUUACUUAAGGUGAACCAAACAUUCAGUCUAAUCCAACAAGGAGAAAUGUUUCAUUUUUGAAAUGCAAGUCGCAAAUGUGCUUUCAAAGCAAGGUUGGGAAGCACCAGAUGAUGAUGUCAUGGCUUGGUGAGCUUCAGGCGUUUUCUUUUUAAUUAAAACUUUUUAUUAUUUUUGAAAGCACCUUAAAAUAAUUUUUGAUCCUUUUCAUAAAAAAACUUUUAUUUCUUUCCAUUUAGCUAUUCAUAUUAGCCUGUAAAAUUGGUUUUCAAACGUUUUGUUUUUAUCAAAUACCAUGCUGAUUAUAGCUGACAAGUUAAUUUGUGAAUAGCUGAUGCUUGUUUUCAGCUUUUCUAUAAUUCCUGUGACAUUUUGUAAGUUGUGUGUGUUUUCUUUAUCCUGUUGUCACUAAAAAAAAGAGCUGUUUUUGCUUUUUAUUCAAAUAAUUUGAAAAAAGUGUCUUUUUUUCUUUGCAUUCUGGAAACAUCCUUCUGGGGGAAAACAAGUUGUUCCUGGGUUUCCUUCUGUCUAAAACCAGCAGGGUAUUUUUAGUUUUUCAUCCAUCGGAGUCCAGUUUUAGUCCAGUUCCAACUGGGGUUUUUCAGAUAUGUUUGGAUCAGUGUCACUAAGAAAAGAACCACAGCAGAUUUGACUGUUUUCCAUCUUUUCUUCUCAUUCAAAAGUAUUUAUUUCGUGUCAUAUUAUGUCAAUACAUGUACCCUUUAUUUUACAGAAUUUCAUAAAAUAUAUAUUUUCCUGCUUGUA